CAGACGCGGCACUUCGCCACCCAGCCGGCCUUCGCGCCCGGCACCCCGGAGCACGGGCAGUACCAGAGCGGGCAGGCCGGGCACAGCCCCUACGCCGUGGGGCAGGGCCAGCACUUCGCCCCAGGCCAGGCCGUGCCCGUCAGCUACGCCAGCAGCCAGCCCAUCCGUGGCCCCUCGGCCUUCCCCACCAUGCAGUACCUGUCGCAGCAGCCGCCGGGGUACGCGCUCCACGGGCACUUCCCCCCAGCCCAGCCAGGUGAGACCCCCCCGCCCGCGUGAGACCCCCCCCGACACCUCCUCC